AUAUUAAAAAUAGAAUUAAGAAAGAAAAAACAAGUGACUACAUUUGCGAGACAAAAGUUAUUUUUAUUAUAUAUCUAUCAUGUUUGGGACUUCUAAGCCUUUUAAAUGUUUUAAACUUGGGUUUAGUGAAAUAUUUACUCAGGCGAUAUUACAACCAGCUAAAACCAACACUUCACGAAGGACGCCCGUGAAAAGCUUAGGCGCCAUUUUGGCUCAAACAAACUCAGGGUUGCACUUCUUUCUAAAAUGUGUGUUAUUUGGAUAGAUAGCUAGGCCAGCCACCAAGAUCAGAUGGAUGCUUAUUGACGACCGCAAAAAACUCGCUCUUGUAUUCAGUCGAAAACCGGCUCUUGGGCCUCCAGGCCGCACUUUGAUAGCGAGCUAGUUACGUGUCACCGCAUUAUUAUUCACUUCAACGCUAACGCUAAGCUAGUUUGGCAAGUGUUUACAACAUGGGUGGAUGUUCAGCUCCGAACUGCUCUAACUCCACAACCAUCGGGAAACAACUUUUUCGAUUUCCGAAAGACCCCGUGCGAAUGAGAAAAUGGCUUAUAAACUGUCGACGGGAUUUUGUGCCAACUCCGUGCUCCAGACUGUGUCAGGACCAUUUUGAGGAGAGUCAGUUUGAGGAAAUCGCCAGGUCACCAGCAGGGGGAAAGAAACUAAAACCCAAUGCAGUACCCACAUUAUUCAACGUGCCCGACCCCCCUUCACCCAUCACCCCCCACGUAGUCCUCCCAAUUAAACAUGAACCAGGCAAAAGUGAGUGUUUUCGUGUUCUUAAUUCGGCGGAGAAAGACUUAAAAGUCGGGGACCAUGGUUACGCACGCCGGCAGCCGCGAGUGGACCUCGAGGAGGAAGGGUUGCAGAGGUUGGAGGAGGAGCGGCCAUGCUGUCUGUGCCAGCACUACAGAGCCCAGCUGGAGCAGCAGCAGCAGCACACCGCCAGGCUACAGAGGGAGGUGGAGGAGAUGAAGAAGCGACUGCACAAGCUGAGCAAGAUGGAGAAGGGGCUGCAGAUGUUCCUGUACGAGGACCAGAUCCGGGCACUGACUCUGGCCAAGCGCUCGCGGCGGGCCGUAUGGUCCCACGACACGGUUCUGGCCGCCCGCAAGAUCCGCUGCGCCGUCGGCGUGAAAGGAUACGAAUUCCUGCGGGAACUAGGCUACCCCCUCCCCUCGUACAGGACUCUGUGUAACCGCCUGGAGCCUAAAAUGUUGAUGACGACGAGUAUGCAGGAGGACCUGGCAGAACUCGGGCUGGGUAUCAUAACUGAAUGCGACAGCCCAGAAGCCAAUGGGACCAGUGACGAGGGACUCAUUGGAAUUAUGACAUAAGACUUGCUGCUUUGGAGAGUUUUACACAUGCGUUCAAUACAUACAAGGGUGUGUGUGUGUGUGUGUGUCUCUGUCUGUCUGUCUGUCUGAGAGUAUUUUCUAUUUUUCAUAGAGUAGGCCAGUGUAAACUGCCCCAUCAGCUGAAAGAAGCAGGAUAGCAGAACUCCUUGCAUUGACAGCAUUUUUAUGUUUAAUCAAGCAUGUUUAUUUUGUAGAUUUUGUCUGUCAUAGAUAUCACAAAGAAGCCAAACAAUGGUUUAGAAUUUUGUCUCACAGUGGUUGUUUAAUGAAACAUUAACUAAAUCAGAAGUUUACAGGCUACCUGUCCUCCUGGCAAUAUUCAACCUGUCAUGAACUGCCUAAACAUCAGUCAUGUAGAAUGGGAGCCUCCCCUCACUAACCUUUAUUAAGAAGGGGACCAACGUGCUGCUCCUUUGUUUACCUUUGGUAGUGUAAGAACACGAACUGGUGACAUAAAUGACUCAUAAGCUACUGUUGGCAAUGCAGAGGUGCUGCUCAAAAACCCAAAUGACUUCAGGGAGCUGGCAUUGCUUUCAUUUUGCCCUUCUGGUGAUCCCUCUUCCAAAGCAGAUCCUGUCUGACGCGGCGGCAUCAUUUUUGACCGUUUCAGAUGCUGCCAAGGAGUCUUCAGUCAGUAGAAGACCAACUUUAAUCAAGCUUCUUGUGCGCAUUAUAUAUAUAACUAUAUAUAGAGAGAGAGCAUGUGUUGCAGUGAUGGGCUCCUACCUUUACUUGAAUCCUGCACUUUGGUCUAGUUUUAAGGGGGUACUGGGCAGCAAGUUGCUAUUUGCACAACUAAAAUCAAUUCAUGCGAUAUGUUGUACUUCUAAAAGACUGGAAGGUUUACACUUUCUGCAUUUUAUAUCUGAGUGGCUUGGGGUGCCUUCUACAAAACAAAACAAAACAAAAAAAACAGCAAAGUAAAGGAAAAAAAAAAACAGUGGUUAUUCCCAUCUAAAUGAGGAGGGCACAAGGCUUCCUGUUGUGUGAAAUAGGAAGAGUGGUUUUGUUGAGCUUUGGAAUUUUUGGGGCCCUACACGUACGUGUGCGAGCACGUCACAGCUGUCUGACCGUUGAUGUCAUGGAGCAUUAAUAUCUCUGUACUUCACAGGGUUUCUUACUUACCCAUAUUUGAAUAACUGCUCUUUGUAUCGGAUCCCCCUCUCUCCUUUGUUUUGGCCAGAUGUUGUUCCAUCAUUAGUUCUUAAGCAAGAAAGUUAAGAGUCUAGUCAUGUGUUUUGGAGUUGUUUUUUCCUCUCAUCUAUCAACAUGAGGACAAAAAAGUGAAGCCAAUGGAAUAAAAAUGAAAACUAAU